UCCGCACCCCGCGCCGCACUGGUCUCCAGCUCCGGCGGGAGCCCGCCUACGCCCCGGACCGGAAGAAACUGAAGUGAAACAGAAGUGACUGAAAAAGAAAUUAAGGAGCGAUUUGAAGGAACAGAUUCAUUUCUUAACAAGAUCAAGUUUGAAUUAAAUGGCUGAUAAACAGAUCAGUUUACCUGCCAAGCUGAUCAAUGGAGGGAUAGCUGGGCUGAUUGGGGUCACCUGUGUAUUUCCCAUUGACCUGGCAAAAACUCGCCUGCAGAACCAGCAGAAUGGCCAGCGGAUGUACACCAGCAUGUCUGACUGCCUCAUUAAAACUAUUCGGUCAGAAGGCUAUUUUGGCAUGUACAGAGGGGCUGCAGUGAACCUGACUCUAGUGACACCAGAAAAGGCUAUCAAACUGGCAGCCAAUGACUUCUUCCGGCAUCAUCUCUCCAAAGACGGGAAAAAGCUGACGCUGCUGAGGGAGAUGCUGGCGGGCUGCGGCGCAGGUACCUGCCAGGUGAUUGUCACCACUCCCAUGGAGAUGCUCAAAAUCCAGCUGCAGGAUGCAGGGCGAAUUGCGGCACAGAAGAAGCUGAUGGCAGUGCAGGCCCAGCUCUCCUCUUCCUCUGUGGCAGAGCCAGCAGUGGAAAGGCGCACCACAGCAACACAGAUAACAAGGGAGCUGCUGCGGAGCAAAGGCAUUGCAGGACUCUACAAGGGCCUGGGAGCCACGCUGCUAAGGGAUGUCCCGUUCUCCAUUGUUUACUUCCCACUGUUUGCAAACCUGAACAAGCUGGGCCAGAAAGACCCCAAUGUCAAGGCUCCAUUCUACGUGUCCUUCCUCUCCGGAUGUGUGGCUGGCAGCACGGCUGCGGUAGCUGUCAAUCCUUGUGAUGUUAUCAAAACACGGCUGCAGUCCUUGCAGAGAGGAGUGAACGAAGACACCUACUCAGGAAUCCUGGACUGCACCAAGAAGAUCUGGCAGAAGGAAGGGCCCAUGGCCUUCCUGAAAGGGGCAUACUGCCGAGCCCUGGUCAUUGCUCCUCUCUUCGGCAUUGCACAAGUAGUGUACUUCAUUGGCAUCGCGGAGUUCCUGCUGGACAUGCUCCCCAAGCACCGGGCCUAGCCCCAGCGUGCCUGUGUGUGCCCUCCUGCCCUCUGCAGUGCUGAAUUCAUCCCCGUGUUCAUCAUCCGUGUCAAUUGAUGUCGGAGCAACAGCACAAAGGGUUCGCGCAGGGACACCAAGGGGAUGUGGUUUCCAGAUGAGCAAACGCGGGGAGGGAGAGUGUCCCUUUUCUGUCUUGUUCUGGAACCUUCCCUCUCCCACUCCUUCCAUGGACAAUACCUAAUUAUGCAUAUCUCCCCCCCCGCCCCUUCUCCUUCUCCUUUCCUUUUUUUUGUUUUUAAAUUGUCAUUCUUAAGGACACUGGUAAGCACAGACUGGGCUUACAGACCCAGAAGUCUCCUCCCAGCCUUGGGGAGGAAGAGGGGUGGGAAAGAAAUAACCUGAACCGUCAUCCACCCCAGUCCCCCUCUUUCUUCCUGGAGUUGCCAGCUAUCUGAGGAGGAGCUGGAGGGGCAGCUGUGUCCCCUCAGCCCCUCCUCGGCUCUGCUGGCCCCAGGUCGAGAGCAGGCACUGCGCAAAGGGGGCUCAUCUCAUUGCCGCCAGAGGCACGGCGGGGGGGAUGCUGGAUCUUGCAAGUUCCUUGGCCUGGAAACCUUCACCCCUCCCUUCUCCCUUUCUCGAAAAUGAGUUGGACUUAGAUGAACUUCUUGGAGAUCAGAGGAAGGGAAAGGGGAUUGUUACUAUUGAUUUUGUAAUUAUUUUUGUUUUAAAGGAAAGGGAUGUCCCACCUAACUAGGUGUCACGGGCACAUCUGGGUGAGGUGCAGAGACGAGAUGUCUGCUCUGUAGGGAAUGUGUCUGUGGGAUCACACGAAUGAAUGUCUGAAGGUGCUUCACUGCUUGGCUACAGGCAGAGGAGGGAGAGGAACUUGGGAUCAAGUUAUUUUUAUUUGGUUUUUUUUUUCUUUUUUUUUCUUUUUUUUUUUAACGCAGGGGUUGUGGGGAGGGAAAACCAAACAACAAGAAACCACUUACAUUCCAUCAGCCUGCCUACCCCCAGGAUGAUAAAGCGGUGGCUGCAGGUGUAGAUUAGCUGGUUUUUUAAUUUUUUUUUCCAGCCUGGCCCCAGGUGCGUGAAAGGAGGGGCCUGCUCCACUUCUGCAGUGCCCAACCUCGGGGAGCCAUGCUAGAAACACCACGCCUGUGCGCUCACCUUGCAAGGUGAAAACACAAGGUCUAGUUGUGCUUUGCUGUUUGACUUGGGCGUGUUUGGAGCCAGCUGGUGUCACAGAGGCAGAGGGUUCCUGCACCCUGAGCGAGGGGCUGUUUGCGUGUACAUGAUUACAGGGUCGAGUUCUCUGGAUCAUAAAACCUCGUCAUCCUGCUUGCUUCUGGGGUGGUAAUCAUUGUUGGGUGGCAGGGGGCAAAUCCACACCUAUAGCCUGCUCUGUCAAAGGGGCACUGCCCCAGAUAACAUCACUUGUCAGAGGACUUCCUUGUUCAGUACUCCCUUGGGCUGUGUAAUUAAUUCCAGUUUAAACGAUCUUAAGUGUGAGAUCUACCAACCCAGCGUGAUCUUCUCCAUUAUUUAUUCCAUUUGGUGCAAUCCGGCCGACUUUGGUGUUUAAAUUAAACUGGUCGAAUUCACUUUUCAUUCCUUCUUCUUUUCGCUUUAUUCGCCAGGUGCUUCCUUGGUGUUUGUGUUUCAAAUGUAUAUUUAAAUUAAUUUUUAAAAAAAAUCUCUGUUUUUAAUGUUUGAAAGAGAACCACCACUGUUUCAAUGUUCUUGGGUUAGGUUUUUGCAAAACCUGUAUGUUGAGGGCCUUCUUCCUUAAUGAGUCCUUUUUCUCUUCAAAAAAGUUGUUCUGUGGCUGAUUUGUUACUUGUCACUUUGCAUAUGUGAAUAAUUUUCUUUCUUUGUUUUUCUUUUUUUCUUAAUGACUUCUCCGUGUAUCUGGGAAGGAAUCUGUGCAAAGACAAUGAUAGAUGUCUGUGCUGUGUAUAGUGCUGUGAUGCUGCUCUUGCUUUGGAUUUCCCUUGGGUGGAUUAAAAGAGAAAGAUUCUUUUUUU